UUUCGAAGCCUCGCUGGCACUCUCGCCGCGCCCGUCAUAAAUUGAUCCACCACCUCCGCCCUAAACUACUACUGCCAUGGACUUUGUCGCGCAUCCGGCCCCCUUGCGCCCCGCCACAAGGCGAGCAUUGUGCUCGGUGACGGCGACGACACCGGUCACCGACACCGAAGGCGGCGACUCGCCAUUCGUGUCGAUCGAUGCGCCGUCGCUCAAGACCUUUGCCGCCAAGCGCGCGCUGGACGUGGCCUCGUUUGGCUACAACACGCCGGCGUCGCUCUCGAUGGGAUGCCACCCACCGCGACAGGGCGCCCAGAAGCGGCCACGGCCGCUGCGCACUGCCGAGCCGCUUGUGUGGCCCGAAGAGGAUAAGGACAACGAGCCGUCACGAGAAAGCAUCCGCGCUGCGCUCACGCACCAUCGCCUUGCGUUCGUGGCAGCCUACGGGUGCGAGUAGUUGGAGCGCGCUUCUGUACAGAUAGCUAUUUAUUCCUUGUCAAUACUGUUAAACCUUGCGCUGCAUGGGGCUG